UAAUGCACUGUGUUUUCGCCCCCAAAAUAUCCCCCGUCAAGCUCAGAAGACCAUGAUCAGCAUUCAGUGCGUUCUGGUGCGAGCUCGGAUCAACGCAAUAUUUUCACACGCACAACACACACCGAGAGAGAAGCAGCAGCAAUGGGAAGCACGAGAGCCCUCAUCGGCAGUCCACAGCUCAAGCAUACCGCCCCUUGUUUCAAAUGCUUGAACACAAAAAGCAAACCGAGGACAAUCAUAAGCAUUGAUCAAAGAAGAUCCAAGGUACUGGGCCUCUCAAAGGAGAUACAUUUCAAGAAAUUCAGUACAACAGUUUGCUCCGCAGUUGAGGACGUCGCUGAGAAGCAGCCCAAAAUCAAUGGUGGCAGCUUAAAUGGAGCUGUCUCGGCUGUUGGAGAUGGACUUGAUUCUAGUAAUGGGGCAUUGGAAAAACCUUCUCUGAACAAUAAAUCGGAUGAUGGAGGAAAUUUUAUUUAUGAUUUUUUUUAUCCUAAUAAAGAGCUCCUCCCUGAUGAUAAAGAAAUGAGUAUAUAUGACCAUUUAGAGGAAUUGAGAGGAAGAAUCUUUGUGUCGGUUUUGGCUGUCGGAGCUGCCAUGGCUGGAUGUUUUGCAUUCUCUAAGGAACUCAUUAUGUUUCUUGAAGCUCCAGUUAGUGCACAAGGGGUGCGUUUUCUACAGCUGGCACCUGGGGAAUUUUUCUUCACAUCCCUGAAGGUAUCAGGAUACUGUGGCAUUUUACUCGGAAGCCCUGUAAUCCUCUAUGAGAUCAUAGCUUUUAUUCUUCCAGGUUUGACAAAGGCAGAGAGAAGAUUUCUCGGGCCAAUUGUCCUAGGUUCCUCAGUCCUUUUCUAUGCAGGCAUCAUCUUCUCUUACUAUGUUCUUACCCCGGCAGCCUUGACAUUCUUUGUUAGUUACGCGGAAGGGGUGGUUGAAUCUCUGUGGUCAAUUGAUCAAUACUUCGAAUUUGUGCUUGUGCUUAUGUUUAGUACUGGAUUGUCUUUCCAGGUUCCUGUAAUACAGGUACUUCUUGGACAACUUGGCUUGGUGUCCUCAGAACAAAUGUUGUCGGUAUGGAGAUAUGUGGUGGUAGGUUCAGUAAUUGCAGCUGCUAUACUCACACCAUCAACAGAUCCUCUCACUCAAAUGCUCCUAGCGGGUCCCCUUAUGGGUCUCUACUUGGGUGGUGCCUGGGUGGUCAAGCUUCUCGGCCGAUGAUCCACAUUUUUAAGGUCAUACAAAGAGCAACUUGCCCAAAUCCCAGUAUACAACUCCCAGGAAUAUCUGCUUACUGCUAGCGUAUGUUUUCUAAAGACGAGUUUACUCGGCAGCCAACUCCGCUUAUAAUUGUAUUAUGUUCCGUAGAAUUGCUUUCUGCUUCAAUACAAGUAAUUAUGCUAAGCUACUAGUGUGGAGUUCAGAUGUUAGAGUUGUUCAUUUGUAAGGAAAUUCUUGGCAUAACUUUAAGUCCCCAGUUGGCUGUGAAAGGUUUUAUUCACCUGGAGACCUUCAGAUCAAA